AUGGCAGCAAAGUAUCCACAGCGCAAGAUUGGCGACGACAGUGUCUCGGCCCAGGGUUUGGGAUGCAUGGGCAUGUCCUUCGCCUACACCUCGAACGGCGGCUACGAUGACGAAGAGUCACUCCGCGUUCUCACCAAGGCCAUCGACCUUGGCAUCAAUUUCUGGGACACCAGUGAUAUCUAUGGGCCACACACGAACGAAAAGCUCAUUGGCAAGUGGUUCAAAGAGACUGGCCGCCGGAACGAGAUCUUUCUUGCUACCAAGUUUGGCAACCUUCGGGGACCAGAUGGCUCGCCGCAGGUCCGUGGAGACAAGGAAUGGGUUCACCAGGCCUGCAACGAGAGCCUGCAGCGGCUAGGUAUUGAGCAGAUUGAUCUCUACUACCAACAUCGUGUGGACAGCAAAGUUCCUAUCGAGGAGACGGUGGAGGCCAUGGUCGAGCUGAAGAAGCAGGGCAAGAUCAAGUAUCUCGGCCUGUCCGAGUGCUCUGCUGCCACCUUGAGAAGAGCUCAUGCGGUGCACCCCAUUGCAGCCGCGCAGAUGGAGUUCUCGCCCUUCGCGUUGGAGAUCGAGUCGGAGCAGACGAAUUUCCUCAAGACUGCGAGGGAGCUCGGAGUGAAGAUUGUCCCAUACUCGCCUCUGGGUCGUGGCUUUCUGACGGGCACAAUCAAGAGCCGGAGUGACCUGGACCCAUCAGACAACCGCAGCAAUCAUCCCAGAUUCAGCGAAGAAAAUUUCGACUCGAACCUGAAGCUGGUGAACCUGCUCUCUGAGAUGGCGGAGAAGAAAGGCUGCACGCCGGGACAGCUGUCUCUCGCAUGGGUGCUGGCUCAAGGGUAAUAUGCGGCGUACUCUCUUGCAUAGCAAAUGUCAUCGCUGACCGCCUCUUCUGCGCAGAGACGACUUCAUCCCGAUUCCAGGAACAAAGCGAGUCAAGUACUUGGAGGAGAACGUCAAGGCCAUCGAGGUGAAGCUCACCCGGGAGGAAGAGCUGGAGAUCCGAAAAGCUGUCGAGAGCGUGGGCGGCAGCAGAGGCGCGCGGUACCCAGCGGCAAUGUUGGCCUUGUGCUUUGGCGAUUCUCCCGAGCCACGGAAGUAG